AUGUUGAACAUUCAAUGCAGGGUCUUUGGAAAUUUUCAAGUAGAGGACAAGUUAAAGGACAACAUCAACUGUGCGAAACGGAUCCCAGUGCAGAAGCAGACAUUGUCCAUUGACGGUCGAGUUCUUGAAGGCGACUACAAGCUGACGGAUAACGGUAUCAAUAAACAUUCCACAAUAAUCCUCAGUCUCCAGUUGGGAUUUUCAAGGGAGAUGCUGCUGAAUAUAACUCUGCCGUCUGCAGGCGAGGUUAGGCCAUCGGCCAAGGAGGACGACACUGUAGAUGACUUAAAGAAACAAGCCCGUCGCAUGUGUGGGCUGUUUGAGGAGAGUUACCGGGUAGUCUUCAACGGCAAGCUCUUGGAAGGCUAUCAAACCCUGGCGUACGGUGCAGUGGCGUAUAACCCCAAUCUCACUGCCAUGCAGUAUAUGUCAAGGGCUCGAGCAAAUUAG